UGCAGGUGGCUGUUGACUGCCUGCUCGGCACAGAGGAGUUCGUCUCACACCGAUUUGUUCAAAGAAACACCGGCCCAGUGGAUAAUAUCCUGAUUAACACGACUGUCGACAUUUUGAAAGGUCACUUGGGACCGUGGAAAGGACGGGACGUGUUUUACACGACUGCAGAAAAGCUUUUCCAAAGAGAGACGCCAGUGACUCACCCCUUCUGCACCUCUUGCUGAGCCAUUAUUACCAUGGAAACCCCGAGCCAGAAACGCACCAGCCGUGGGGCCGUCUCCCCGACCCGCAUCACCAGGUUGCAGGAGAAGGAGGACAUGAUCAACCUCAAUGACCGGCUGGCUGUCUACAUCGACAAGGUGCGCUCGCUGGAGUCAGAGAACGCCGGACUGCGUCUGCGCAUCACUGAGUCAGAGUCAUCGAGCACCCGCGAUGUGUCGGGCAUUAAGUUAGCCUAUGAGGCAGAGCUGGCCGACGCCCGCAAGACCCUGGACCAGGUGGCCAAGGAGCGCGCAAGGCUGCAGCUGGAGCUGAGCAAGAUCAGGGAGGAGCACAAGGACCUCAAAGCCAGGAACAGUAAGAAGGAGUCUGACCUUGAGGCGGCUCUGGUCAGGCUGAGGGACCUGGAGGCCCUGCUGAACUCCAAAGAUGCUUCCCUCUCUACUGCCAUAGGAGAGAAGCGGACCCUGGAGGCUGAGGUGAAGGACCUCAAGGCCCAGCUGGCCAAGGUGGACGGUAGCUUAGCCGAUGCCAAGAGGCAGCUGCAGGAUGAGAUGCUGCGGAGAGUGGACGCCGAGAACCGCCUGCAGACCUUGAAGGAGCAACUGGAGUUCCAGAAGAACAUCUACAACGAGGAGCUGCGUGAGUCCAAGCAUCGCCACGAGUCUCGCAUGGUGGAGCUGGACAGCGGGCGGCAGCAGGAGUUUGAGAGCAAGCUGGCCAUCGCGUUGAUCGAGAUGAGAACCCAACACGAGGAGCAGCUCCAACUCUACAAGCAAGAGGUCGAGAAGACCUACAACGCUAAGCUGGAGAACGCCCGUCACUCAGCUGACAGGAACAGCCAUCUGGUGGGAGCUGCUCACGAAGAGCUGCAGCAGACCCGUGUUCGAGUGGAAGGCAUGUCAAGCCAGCUCAGCAUGCUGCAGAAACAGCUAGCAGCGAGCGAGUCAAAGGUGCGGGAGCUGGAGGAGGCGAUGUCCAGAGAGCGGGAUCUGAUGCGGCGGCGUCUGGAGGAUAAAGAGCGGGAGGUGGCUGAAAUCCGUAGUCGGCUGCUGCUGCAGCUGGAGGAGUACCAGGAGCUGCUGGACAUCAAACUGGCCCUGGACAUGGAGAUUAAUGCUUACAGGAAGCUGCUGGAGGGAGAGGAGGAGAGGCUGCGUCUGUCACCCGGCACUACACCCACCUCCAAGGUCACAGUGACACGGAUCUCCAGCUCAGGCCACGGCCUCAGCAGCCGUGCGGCCCACUCCACCGGCUCAACCCACAGUCAAACCAGCCGCACGCUCAAAGCUUCCGGCGCAGCCACCGCCAUCGCCAUCGCCACCGGCACAGCCUCCAGCAGCCGCAACUCCUCCGGCACAUCCAAGAAGCGCCGCCUCAAUGACAACGACAGCGAGACCUCCAGCAUGGUGGGGGGCACUGUGACCAGGACUCGCAUUAGUCAGAACGCCUCAGCCAGCGGCCGCAUCACCGUGGACGAGGUUGACCUGGAGGGCAAGUACAUCCGUCUCAGCAACAAGGCUGACGAGGACCAAUCUCUGGGCAACUGGCAGGUGAAGAGACAAGUAGGUAAUGCCAACCCCAUCAUCUACAAGUUCCCCCACAAGUUCAUCCUGAAGGCCGGAGGAACUGUCACUGUCUGGGCUGCAGCUGGUGGUGGAACCCACAAUCCCCCCUCUGACCUGGUGUGGAAGAACCAGAACUCCUGGGGCACCGGCGACCUCCUGCAGACGAUCCUCAUAAGCGCCAACGGAGAGGAAAUGGCCAUGAGGAAAGUGACGCGCACCCUGUUCCACGAGGAUGAAGACGAUGAUAUGGGAGCUCACAGCACGAGCGGCGGAGACAACGAGUACAACCUGCGGAGCCGCACUGUGAUCUGCGACUCCUGCGGGCAGACGGCGGACCGCUCAGGUGGUUGCAGCGGCGGGGGUCUACCUGAAGGCCUCGUGGGACAUUCCCUCUUCAUGGGGACCAACGAGCCCAGACAGGGCCGUGCCAAGCCGGAGAACUGCUCCAUCAUGUAAAAGCACCUCACCUGAACCACCACCUCCUGCAGCCCACAAAGGAGAAUUAUUAUUAUGUUCUACCUUUUUGGGUUGUUAUUAUUGAGUUGUUGUUUUUUUUUUAAUAUGAUCUCAUUUUUUGUAUUCAGAUUAAUCUGCAGGUUAGGAUUUGCUUUGAGGUUUCUGGGCAGAGGGCACAGGAUUUUCAUAUUCAGCUUUAGUUUGUUUAUUCAAGUUAUGUUAUUGCAUGUGUGCUGCGCUAAUGCUUGUCCUGCUCUUCUUCUCACAUGCACGCUCGCGCUCGCGCACGCACACGCACAGAGCUCCAUUGACCAGUGCUUGCGUUUCGACGCGAGCCUGGGUUUCACAUUGAACCAUGCCGUCAGGAAUAAGUCCGAGCCAUACAGACGAUAGGAAAAUGAAUCCUGUGGGGUUUGUUUGAUCCCAUCAAAUUGAUUAAAAUCUUUAUUUUAAGAUGUUUUUGAUGUUUACAAUUAAAUUUUUUGGAAUAGUAGUGUGCUAUCUUUAUAUGCUAUAGAGAAAUGACAUUAACUUUUGUUUUUGUCUUUUCAUAAAUUAUGUUGGAAAACUUUCCAAAGAAAGCCGAAGUACUGUAAGCUCAGGGUCAGCAGGUUUUUGUUUUUUUUAGCUUUAUACAAACAUGUCGUAGUACAUUUUCUAUGUGGCUGUAGAUCAUGUGGUUGGGCUGCUAUGGUGCACAUGGAGAAAAUAUUUCUGCAAUUCACAGCUCAACUCCAGAGAUGCAUUUGGUCGGACGUGUGUGGAAAUAAAGAAUUAUUGUUUGCUGGAUAAGUUAAAUGUGCAUCUCAGUUUGAUGUACAUUUAAUUAUGUUGCCUUAUUAAUCCAAAGAUGUUUUGUCAUGAUGGGAACAUGUAGGUUUUCUACCUGGGGAAAUAUCAGGAAUGGGUACUAUGUUUUAAAGUCUUUACUGGUGCCAUAUAUACAGUAUAUAUUUGUAGGUGUUCUGGGCUUAUUCAACCAAAUGAACAUUGUUGUAAUAGAAAGCUGUUGCUGCUAUUUACAGAGUGCAACAGUAGUUUUUUGGAAACAUAGUAACAUGAAUUUCUUCAGAUAAAAAAACAACAAAUGUGCCUUUUUUUACGGGACGGAAAACAACAUCUCUGUUCUUCGGGGCUCACGUCAGUCUGUCAGCUGUCCGAGUUGUGUUGCUCCUAGAAACUGGUCAAAAGGGCUUUUUUUUCGUUUCCUCUUAAGCUUUCUGGCUUUGCAUGAUUUUGGGAUCUGAGCAGGCUUGAGGGGUUUCUAUACUUUGUGACUUUGGCUUCAUGCAUUGCUUUUAUUGAGGGCCUUGCCAAAUACGCGCAGCAGGUAGAUUUGUACUGUUGUCUGGCAGCUUAAGUCAUUAAAACUCAAGUGAAAAGCAUUUACGGAAAAUACUUGAUGGCUCUUUUGAUGUUUUGUUUUGUAUUUUUCUUAAUAUGUUAUUUGUGCCGCAUUGAAUAUUUUUUUUCUUUUAGUAGAUAUCUGGUUUUGUAACUAUAUCCCCAAAGUGCCUUAAAAAGUCCAUAACAAUCGUUUAAAGACGUGACCUGCACCAAAGAUGGCACAGUUUUAUAAUUAACAAAGACAUGGUAGUUAUCUCAUAUGUGCAUGUAAAUAUGAGACAUGAUUACUGUAUGCAAUUGUGAAAUAUAUGCAACUAUUGGCUGAAUCAUCGCAGUCAGAAAGAUAAUUUAAAGGGUGUGUUCAGGGUUUUUCAGAGGCCUGUCUGACAGAUUAUAAACCAAAGAAACUGUAAAUCGCUUGUUUUAGUGUUUUCUUAAACAGACGGCUGCUCUUUAACAUUAACAUGCAAUGUUGGUUCAACUUAAUGAAGAACCAAGACACUAACAAAAGCAGAUUCAAACCACAGAUGUGCUUUAUGUGACAGUCUUGAAAGGCCUUUGUGAAGCCCUGAACCCUCCCCGUUAGUCUUCAUCGAAGGCUUAUGAAUCUUUCAAAGGACUUGAAGAUUUAAAAAUGUUACCGAAAGGGAUUUCUUGUGAGCCUUUAAUGCCAAAGUUGUUACUAGCUUGAAGUAGGAUUUUAUAACGAUGCUGUCAACAUUAUGGAACAAAUUCAGUCCAUGAAAUAAUAUUUGUUUUUUUGCUUUUCUAAAAUAAUGCUGAGUAAAAUAAAACAUUUUCCCAGUGA